CACCCCACCUCUCUGUUCCUCCACCUCCACCUUCGCCCUUUCUCUCUUCCACUCUCUGCUUUCUCUGUACUUGCUCGCCGAAUUUCUCUCUUGCCGAACCAAACAAUGGUCUGGGAUGAUUUGCAUAUAACGAUUCCUAGCUUUUUCCGGUGUCCGAUAUCACUGGACGUCAUGAAAUCCCCAGUCAGUCUCUGUACUGGAGUCACCUACGACCGCACUAGCAUCCAGCGGUGGCUCGACAAUGGAAAUAACACUUGCCCUUUAACCAUGCAGGUCCUCAGGAGCAAAGAGUUCGUCCCCAACCAUAACUUACAGCGACUCAUCAAGAUCUGGUCCGACUCGGUUCAGCACCACAGCAGCCAUCGAGUUGACUCAGCAACUAAUUCAGUUCCUUCGCAGGAUGAAAUCAAGUGCAUAGUUAAGGACAUUGAAACGAAGAAAGAACCGGAUCGCUGUUGUUUCGAUUCUUUAUCGAAAAUUCUGUGUUUCGCUGAAGAAUCGGUGGAGAAUCGGGAAUUUCUAGCAAAAUUGGACGGAUUCUUGCCAAUGCUUGUUGAUUUUCUCGGCGAUAAUAAAAGUGUUGACUUCAUUGAGCAAGUAAUCAGGGUUCUAGAAUUGAUCUUAAUCAAAAUCGGGGUCAAUAAGCAGUUAAUGACAUUGCUACUGAAGAACAAAAAUGUCGAUUGCUUGUCCUCGCUCCUUCUCGUUCUUCAACAAGGAAGGAGCGUACACUCGAGGAUCGGAUCUGUCAGAAUUCUAGAAUCGAUCGCCACGGAUACAGAAUCGAAUUUGCUAAUCGCCGAAAAAGAUGGAUUACUUUCCGAAUUACUAAAAUCAAUCGGUCUAGAAACCGAUCCGAGCUUGAUCGAAGCGAGCUUAUCAUGUCUAAUUGCGAUUUCAAAGUCGAGACGUGUCAAAGUGAAGCUAGUCCAUCUCAAAUCAAUUCCAAAAUUGAAGAGCAUUCUAACGGCAGAGCCAAACAAAGGAGCUUCAAACUCGAUCACAGAGAAGGCGUUGAAGCUGCUCGAAACGGUGUCGUCCUGUAAGGAGGGAAGAGUAGAGAUGUGCAGUGACGCAGCGUGCAUAGAAGCAGUGGUUCAGAAAGUGUUCAAAGUAUCAGUAGAGGCGACGGAACACGCAGUGACGAUACUAUGGAGCGUAUGUUAUUUGUUUAGAGACGGGAAGGCGAGAGAGGCGGUGGCGAAUAGUAAUGGGUUGACGAAAAUAUUGUUGCUGAUGCAGAGUAAUUGCUCGCCGGCGGUGAGGCAGAUGUCGACCGAUUUGUUAAAGAUUUUUAAGGUGAAUUCCAAGUCUUGCCUUUCCAGUUAUGACACCAAGACGACUCAUAUUAUGCCCUUUUGAUUCCAUGCGUCAUGGGAUGGGAUAUAUGCUAAAAUUUCACUUUUCCUUUAAAUUUUUCUUUCUUUUCUGUGCAAGAAAUUGAGAGAUAGUGAAUAUAGAGAAACAGAUUGUAAAUCUGAAAGGAAAAAGAUUUUGUUAGUGAAUAUAAGAGAGAAUCAAAUUCGUAUGAUUUCUUUUUGUUUGCUCUGUAAAUCAAAAGCGAAAACAUAGAGAAAUUUGAGUAGAAAUACAAAAAUCAAUACAAGUUGUUAUUGUUCUUUGCUCAA